AUGACAAAUGUACCUAAUGGGUGGCAAGCGUUUCUUGAUGAUAAUGAUCGAGUUUAUUUCCGUGGUCCUGAGAAACAGACGACUUAUGUUCAUCCUAUGUUAGGUUUGAUUCCGAAGCCUUGGCACCUGAAGGUCGAUAGGUCUCUCCCAAAUCCUUGCGAAUAUUAUUACAACACGCAUACAAAAGAAAGGUCAAAGAAAGAUCCACGGUUUGAUGAAGACUUGAUGAACUCAAAACUUCUCAGUGUCUCGAGAGUGGUUCGAGAGUCCGCAACUUUAACAAAGAAUUCCAUAGGAACUCUCGAAAAGUCACGACACUCUCAUAUCCAGAAUGUGGAUAUACGAAAUCAGUAUAAGAUCGUGCAUACUAUCGACGGCGGGGACGGCGGGCUAGGCGGUAUGAAUGGUGGUGUGCACGUUGUGCGGCUGAAGGCGACCGGCGCGCUCUAUGUUGAAAAGAGAUUUAAGAAAGAUGCAUUGCAAACUUGGAAAGGAAAACUUGGAGUUGGCGUAGUCGAAAUUCUGAUUACUCAUAGAGUGAAACAUGGUGGUCUCGCAGGUUAUAUCAAUGCCUUCAUAGCCCCGGAUAUGGUACAUCCAACAAACGCAUCCUUAUACCUCGAGUUUUGUAAUUUAGGAUCUCUGGAUGACCUCAUAAAAUGUUAUGCUCAACGUUUGGGAACAAGAGACGAGGCACGCGUGCCUGAGCGCUUUGUUUGGCAUGCUAUUAUUGGGCUUUGCGAUGCUCUUUCCUAUCUUUGGGGUGGGAAGUCAUUCAUAACCAACGACAAGCAUAGGGGUUCUGGACCAGAGAAGGGCUGGAAACCAAUUUUACAUCGCGAUAUGAAACCUGAUAAUAUUCUCAUGCGGUCGAGAUCGGAGAAUACUUCCAAAUAUCCCUAUCUGGUUAUAAGUGAUUUUGGUUUGGCCACUGAUGAUCAUCAGCAGGGAUCCGGAGCAUGCGGGACAUCCUCCUUCUGGGCUCCUGAACUCCUCUGGAAUCCUCCUGCAAUGACCAAGCGUCAGCUUCCAAACUUUCCUCCAAACCAAUAUCAUACUCACGAAAGCGAUCUCUAUUCACUUGGGGCUUCUAUAUACAAUCUUUGCAAGCCCACAAACGUGAGCAUUCAAGGAAUACAUUGGCAAGGAGCAUUCUCACACUUUAACGUCGAAUCAUUCCCAAACGAUCCCACAAAGAGAGAGCUGUGGUUCCCGUCUCAACAAUGUCGCAAAUCAGACUUGUAUAUUAGCACAUUCUACUCGGAUUACCUCAGAGAGACUAUUAGGAAAAUCACUGCUUGGAAACCCAAUCGAAGAGGUGCUGCUCAUCAACUCGAAAAUGUACUUCUUCCUACCGUAAUAGCGGCUGGUUAUGAUGCAGAAGAGUUCAGCUUGAGUGAGGCGCUCCCGGUAUGGGCCAUCAAGAUGCAUGACUACCAUGCUAGAUGA